ACGGGACACAAAAAGAACAGAUGUCUGGCUCGCCACGUCAUCACCUAACCCUGUUAUCCAUGUCCAUCACGCAAAAUAAAUAAUAAAUAAAAAAUAUAAACAAAAGAAAACGGAAAAGUGGGGAAGUCGUCAAGAACUCCUCCGAUCCCACCUGUCCAUCGAUCGAUCGACUUCCGUUCCCCUCGGAAUCGAGGCGGCCCCGAGAAUCCCAACGCACGAGAAGAGGAACAAGGGAACCAGGCGGAGCGAAGAGAGCCCGGGGUGAUGAAUUGUUACGGUUUAUGGACGGAGCAAGCAAGGAGCCUCUCCGCAAGGACUACUACAAAGUUCUGGAGGUUGAUUAUGACGCUUCUGAUGACACCAUCAAGUUGAGUUAUAGAAGAUUAGCUUUGAUGUGGCAUCCAGACAAGCAUAAGGGUGAUAAUGAUGUCACAGCUAAAUUUCAGGAGAUUAAUGAAGCAUACAAGGUUUUAAGUGACCCAGCUAAGCGACUAGAAUACGAUGUUUCUGGUUGUUAUGAGAUUGAUCAAUAUACUUUGCGUGAGUACCUUGCAAAAUUUAAGGGUAUGAUACUUACCUGUAAUGGCCUUGGCAUAGAUCAUCCUUCUAGUAAAUGGGCCCGACAUUUGAGGGAACUGAAGCCCCAUUGAUCGACGGGUACGGAUUGUAACAUUGUUGAUGCUGAUCGGAUUUACUGUUCCAUGUAAGACACAAUUGGGUUGUAUCACAGACAAUGAUCCCUUGCCACUUUCUGCGCAAAAGAUGCAUGUAUAGUAAGGGUCUAUUUGGUUACGGGCGCAUGAAGUACUAAAUAUAAACUAUUUAUGAAACUAAAAACAUGGCUACAGACUAA